UUGAAUCUUGUCGAGCAAUGGCGGAUGAGAUUAUCUUGUUGAAUUUCUGGGCUAGCAUCUUUGGUAUGAGGGUAAGAGUUGCCCUGGCAGAGAAGGGCCUUAAGUAUGAAAAAAGAGAGGAGGACUUGUGGAACAAAAGCCCUCUGCUUCUUGAAGUGAACCCAGUUCAUAAGAAAAUCCCAGUUCUGAUCCACAACGGAAAGCCCAUUUGUGAGUCUAUGAUAAUAGUUCAGUAUAUUGAUGAGGUUUGGAACCAUAAAUCUCCCCUGUUGCCUACUGAUCCAUACCAGAGAGCUCAGGCCAGGUUCUGGGCGGACUACAUAGACAAGAAGCUCUAUGACCUUGGAAAGAAGAUACUGUUAACCAAAGGAGAAGAGCAGGAGACAGCCAAGAAGGAAUUCAUAGAGUGCCUUAAGCUCUUGGAAGGAGAGCUGGGAGAGAAGCCUUACUUUGGUGGUGAAAACUUUGGGUUUGUGGAUGUGGCUCUGGUGACCUUCUCUUCCCGGUUUUAUGCAUAUGAGAGCAUUGGCAACUUCAGCAUAGAGGCAGAGUGCCCCAAGUUGAUAGCUUGGACCAAGAGGUGCAUGCAAAAGGAGAGCGUGUCGUCUUCUCUUGCGGAUCCACACAAGGUCCAUGCCUUUGUCAUGGGGCUGAGAAAGAAGACUGGAAUCGAGUAGAAGUGAAACAUCAUGGGCUGUUAACUAUUUAGUAUUGUUUUGGUACAAUAAAAGGAGUGCUUGUUACGCUAAUGCGUAAUCUAUAAUGAUAUUAUGCACCAUAGAUAGAAUUGGUUAUGUCACGUUUUCUAAAUAACCUUUGUAAUAGUUUUUUUUUUUCUGAUUUAUAUAUUUGGCAAAAGA